AGUGGAGCCAACUAGUUGGAUCCAAAGCACAUCCAUUUCUCCUUUUUUAAGCUGCUUCUUUCUAAUAUUUUGACCUGCUGAUUUGAAGGCACAAUCGCAUUCUAGUGUCCUAGACUGGAAGGCCUCCUGUGGCUCCUGUGUCUUCUACAUCUCAUGCUAAACAGUGCUAUGAAUCUUCUUAAUUUGAAGAAAGCCUUGAAAUACAUCAAAUUUGUGGCCUCUUAGCUUCGAACUGCAACUUCUUGCUUUCUGAGCCAAAAGGGCAUCUGAUUGUUCACGGAUUUGCUACUAUUAUUUUGACCGUACUACUGAAGCACUCUUAUUCGUGACAGAAAAAGCUAGAUUGAGAAAGUUGAAAGUGGGUUUAAGUGCGGCUCUUUUCUCUCAUUGGCAUGACGGUGUUAAUGUCCUAGUGGCAGAUAUUGGAGUUGUUGUUUACCAACGUAUGCUUUAAUGGUUAUUCAUUGAUAAACUAUUAUAACAAGACAUUUUGCUUGCUUUUGAGGAUUAUUGGUGCUCAUGAAUCGAGAACAGAAGCGAGGGAAGCAAGAAAAAGAUUCUGAUGGUGCUGAGAAGGUCAUUGUUGCCGUUAAGGCAUCGAAGGAAAUCCCUAAGACUGCUCUUGUCUGGUCUCUAACUCAUGUUGUUCAACCUGGGGAUUGCAUUAUUUUGUUAGUGGUUUUGCCUCCACAAAGCUCAGGUAGAAGAUUAUGGAUGUUUCCAAGAUUUGCUGGUGACUGCGCCAGCGGUAACAAGAAGUCUCCUUCGGGAACAACUUCAGAGAAGAAGUGCGAUAUCAAUGAUUCUUGCUCCCAGAUGAUCCUUCGGCUUCAUGAUGUCUAUGAUUCAAAUAAGAUAAAUGUCAAGAUUCAAACUGUACCUGGAUCUCCUUGUGGAGGAGUAGCUGCAGAGGCCAAGAAAGUCCAGGCCAGUUGGGUUGUCUUGGACAAAGAUCUCAAACAUGAGGAAAAACGCUGCAUGGAAGAAUUGCAAUGCAACAUUGUUGCUAUGAAGCGAUCUCAACCAAAAGUUCUCCGCUUGAAUUUGGUUGGAUCGCAAAAGAAGGAUCCUGAAGCCAGUCCAUUACCUUCUGAGAAAGAAAUGCCCGGAAAACAAGCCAAACAGAAGAGCGAAUCUUUAAACUCCAUAAAAGCACCUGUUGUCACCCCAACAAGCAGCCCGGAGCAAGAGACACCAUUUACUGCAACUGAAGCUGGCACCUCAUCAGUUUCAAGCUCAGACCCUGGAACUUCACCAUUUUUUGUCUCAGAGAUAAAUGGUGAAUUAAAGAAAGAGGAGACAAUUAAGGAAAAUGAAGAACUUGAUGAUACUAAUUCGGACACAGACAGUGAAAAUAUGUCCACAUCCUCAGCGAGCUUGAGAUUCCAGCCUUGGAUCUCAGAAAUGCUUCUGCAUCAACGAUCAUCUCAAUGUGCAGAUGAAAGAUCUGAGAGAUCUCAUAAGAAGCCUCAAACAUCUACAACCAGAGCCUUGCUUGAAAAGCUCUCCAGGCUUGAGAGAGAUUCUGGAUUUGAAAUUUCGACCUCUAGAAGUGACUUGGAUUUCAGUGGAAAUGUAAGAGAUGCAAUAGCAUUAUCUAGAAAUGCUCCUCCUGGUCCACCUCCAUUAUGCUCAAUAUGUCAACAUAAAGCACCGGUUUUUGGAAAACCUCCAAGGUGGUUUAGCUAUGCUGAGUUAGAGCUUGCUACUGGGGGAUUUUCACAAGCCAACUUCUUGGCCGAAGGAGGAUUUGGAUCUGUUCACAGAGGGGUUCUAUCGGAUGGGCAAGUCAUUGCUGUCAAGCAACAUAAAUUGGCAAGUUCUCAGGGUGAUCAUGAGUUUUGCUCAGAGGUAGAAGUCUUAAGCUGUGCCCAGCAUCGAAAUGUUGUUAUGCUGAUUGGGUUUUGUAUAGAGGAUAAGAGAAGGCUACUGGUUUAUGAGUAUAUAUGCAAUGGAUCACUAGAUUCUCAUUUAUAUGGGAGACAACGGGAUGUAUUAGAGUGGUCUGCACGGCAAAAAAUUGCUGUUGGAGCUGCUCGAGGGCUGCGAUAUCUUCAUGAAGAAUGCAGAGUGGGUUGCAUUAUCCACCGGGACAUGCGCCCAAAUAAUAUUCUCAUCACCCAUGAUUUUGAACCAUUGGUUGGUGAUUUUGGACUGGCAAGGUGGCAGCCUGAUGGAGACACUGAAGUGGAAACUAGAGUCAUUGGAACGUUUGGGUAUUUGGCUCCAGAAUAUGCUCAAAGUGGCCAAAUCACUGAAAAGGCUGAUGUUUAUUCCUUUGGAGUGGUAUUAGUGGAGCUUGUUACUGGGCGGAAAGCUGUGGAUCUGAAUCGACCUAAAGGGCAGCAGUGUCUUACUGAAUGGGCGCGACCCCUGUUAGAGGAAUAUGCCAUUGAGGAACUGAUUGAUCCGAGGCUGGGAAAUUGCUAUUCGGAAAAUGAGGUCUAUUGCAUGCUGCAUGCUGCCUCAUUAUGCAUACGGCGAGAUCCUCAUUCAAGACCUCGCAUGUCACAGGUUCUGCGAAUGCUCGAGGGUGACAUGGUCAUGGAGGCAAAUUACCUAACAAGUGCUGGUUAUGAUGCCGGGAACCGGAGUGGUCGGAUCUGGGCAGAGCAGCAGAUGCAGCAUCAUUACAGUGGUCCCCUGCUGGAUGAGCCCCUGGAAUCUUCAUUCAGUGGAAAGCUUUCUCUGGAGAAAUACAGGUCUGCUUACCGGGAAAGGGACAAAGCCUAGGCGAACUUCCAUGUGAAGAUGGUGAUAUAUGUAAAGUAGGCUGACAUUGAAAAACUGCAUGAUCACAUGCUAGAAGCCUGAAAUAUGUUUCUCGCUUCUAUUAUUUUGGUGGUUUUUGGCUUCCCGUUUCUCUGCAAUGCCGUCAUGUAAUUUUUGCAUCUGUGUUUAUAAUAGGGGAAGGGAAAGUAGGUUAGGAGAUAAUAUAUACAGAUGCUUUUGAAAUUCCUUAAGAAAGUCACGGCCUAAUGGCCUUGUUUAAA